AUGAGUUCACCAUCCAAAUUCUCGAGCAUACACGAUGCUGCGCAGUACGUGAACGAUGAAUUACAACGCAGAGCUAUCUUGCCUGCACCUCGCAGACUACUUUUCCAUACCGUCGACGAUCUCACGCUUGAACCUCAAUUGACUCGCAUAAAUAAUGAUAAACUGAUCAUCAAUACAAUACACAAGCUCUUGAAGAAACUGGACGAAGCUGAGAAUCCCGAAUCAAGAGCGGAUAGUCCUAAAGAUUUGACGCCUACAUUGAAUAGCCCCCCAACAAUACGGGGGAAACUUAAUUCUGACAAGAAAGUCGUAAAGUCGGCCUCGAGACAGACGCAAGUCGCUUUGAGGCGCCACGAGGUUAUUCUGGAACAACUAAGGGCCAAACUGAAACAUGAUGGUCCGGAUCUUACGUGGUUUACUAGGCCCAUACCUAGGUCACAUGGUAUCGAACAACUGAAGAGCUCUAAUGACACCACAACAAUUCUACUGCAAAACCUAAUAUCGCACAAAACAACAACAUCCGCAGCACUUGACAAGAUUGUUGAUUUUCUGCAAAGUUGUAAUGGGUUUCUUUAUACCCGAUGCGUUCACGAUUGCGAAUGCCAGGUACCGUCAAGAGUGGACUUGAGAUUUAACGAAACUAAUACAAGCCUUAAGCAACUUGAUACAGACGAUAACCUUGGGGAAAGUUUGCUUAAGCUGCAGGAGCUUUUGAACGAUUGGCAUGAUAUUGCCAAAUUAAUAGGAAAUGAUGAACACUCGUGA